AUGGGAUAUGGCGGUGAUCAGGACGCUGGUAUGGGGUAUGGUGGUGAUCAGGACGCUGGUAUGGGGCGUGGCGGUGAUCAGGACGCUGGUAUGGCGCGUGGUGCGUGAUCACAACGCUGGUAUGGCAUAUGGGGUAAUCAGCAUGCUGGUAUGAGACAUGGGUGAUCAGGGCGCUGGUAUGGGCAUGGCGAAGAUCAGGACGCUGGCAUGGGGCACGGCGGAGAUCAGGGCGCUGGCAUGGGGCACGGCGGAGAUCAGGGCGCUGGCAUGGGGCACGGCGGGAGAUCAGGGCGCUGGCAUGG